AUGGAGCCGAUCUCCGCCGCCGAUAAGUCGGCGCCGACAUCGGCCGACUUUCCCCUUCGGGUGCAAAUGGGUCGCGGUCUCAGCUUCACCUUAGAGUGGAACGACUACGCCGUCCUUCGCGACCAAAAGAAAGAGUUCACCGAGAGAUGCUUUGGACUCGCCAUCAGGUUCGCUUGGUUUGACAUUGGGCGGGACGACCUGCGGUUGUGGGUGCUGGGGAUCGGCCCGCUUCGAUCGGCCAUGAAAGCCGCCGACCAUUCUUGCUUUGCUAAGGCUUUCGACGCCGACAUCGCCGCUAUCCCGCUGAAAUCGACCGGCGGCCCGCUUCCAGGGUCACACUGCAGCGUCAUAGCCAUCCUCUACCCAGGAGAUGUGCUGAAGGCUGAGGGACAGGUCUGCAGGACAUCGAUCCGGCACAUCGACCCGCACACCGGAAAGGGGAAGCACCGCGACGAGGCCGUCCGCGUCCUGAAGCUAUUCCGCACGGCUGCCCUGGCCGAGCUGGGGCGUCCCGGUAGGAAGUGGGACGGGGCGCCUCCAUCACAAGCAGUGGUGGAGGAAAGGCUUGCCGACUGCGACGACCCUAUCCGCGACAAAGUGCCGGGCACAGUGUCGGACGGGCAUGUCGGCACCGGCAUGCUUGCCGCGACGUCGUUCGGGUGGGUGGCCAAGCAGAUCGGCCUGCUGACGGGCGACAAGGCUCGGAGCGCUGUGAGCAUCGAGAACAUCAAGGUCGCGGGUUUGAGGUCGCUCCGUGAUAGCAUGGUCGAUUACAUCUGCCAUCGUGUCGCCGAAAACCGGAUAGCGGCGCCGACUUCAGGCGCCGACGGACCCGCCGAGGGUGCGAUUGAUGACGACGGCGCGGAAAGUCAGACGGCGCCUUCGGCCAAUGACGCCGACGCCGCGCAACAGAGGGCGGCCGACAAGCAAGGCCUGAAGAGGUCGGGCGACGGUGACGACAAGGAGAGCUCGAAGCGGAGCAAGGGAUCGGACGGGAGCCGCGUCACGAAGCCUCCUGCGCGGAGCGUGGUCGACAUGCUGAAGGCGAAGGGGUGGAAGGUGAGGGGAGGGUCGACCAGCAAGGGAAGCGGAAGCGGGGGGGCGGACGGGAGACCUGCCGACGGGAUCGCGGCUAACGUCGAUGCACCGCCUGGCCCGCCUUUGGACGCCGAGCAGACCCAUCCUCAGGCGAGCGGUGGGAAGGACGCGGCCCCCACUGCCCAGGCGGCGAAAGUCGGAGGCGCCGGAACCACCCAGGGGCCGUCUGACGCGGUGCCGGCCAAGGGCAAGGCGAUGUCUGCGUCUGCUACGGUCGCCGGAACCGGCACGGCGAAGGCUGCCUCUGCUUCAGUCCCCGGAACCGGCAAGUCGAAGGCUGCUUCUGCUACGGUCGCCGGAAGCACCAAGUCGAAGGCUGCUUCUGGUACGGUCGCCGGAACCACCAAGUCGACACCAUGUAACCCGCCUGCGGCAACCACCGGGCCCGCCGGCCAGUCAGGUGCGGGGAAGCAUGGGGAGGCCCGUGCGGCCCCUCCAGCUCCAGCAGCCCCUACUGCCGCCAAGGUCGACGCGAAGGCUGCUUCGGCACAGGGGCCACCCGGGAGUAACGCGCUUAGGGUGUUGCUCCACCGCAUGGAGUCCCACCGCCCGGGCGCGCAGCAGCAUCCUGUGGUCGACGCCGGCCUCGCAGAAACAGCACGUCGCUCCGUCACUCCGCACGUUGCCGGCAAACCGUCCGAUGCCCAAUCUGCCGCGCGGCCGGUCGCCGCCCCACCGCCUGCGGACCCCAAGUCCGCGUUUCUUCGCGCCCAUAUAGGCGCACGCAAAGCGGCAGCUCCACCAGUCACUCAGCCGGAAUUCGGCACAAGCGCGACGCCGACGGCUGUAAAUGCGACCGCACCCUCCCCAGGAGCAGCUGUGGUCGAUCUGGCGGCGGAGAGGGGAGUCAGUGCAGCGCUAGCCACCGGCGGCCGCGCCGACAGGCAUGCCGCCCUCGAAUCCGUCCUGGCCCAGUUUGAGGCAGCAAAACGGCCCGAGCAUGCCCCGGCACUGGCCAUCGUGGACACGGCGCAUGCGGAGCCGUCGGCGACCAACACAGGGGGUUCGGCGGAGCCGACGGCCGCAACGGGUGUUGUCGCCGAGGGAAAUGCGGGACGGAAGGGUAAGGACGACACCGGGAAAGGGAAGGCGGUGUCGGCGGGGAAGGAGAUGGCGGAAGACAAAGGGAAGAAGCCGGCACGGAAGACGGGCGGCAAGGGUAAGUCGGCAAAGAAGAAGGAGGAGGAGGAGAAGGAGGAGGAGGAGGAGGAGGAGGUGGGGGAGGGGGAAGAGCAUGGACGCCGGGGUCAUGGCAUCCGCCGAGACAGGUCUGGCGACGGGCAGGGGUGGGUGGGCGAGAUGAAGUUCAAGAACCAGAAUCGGUACAUCGGCAAGUCCCGCGACAAGAUGGAGCUGGCCUACGAGCACGCGAUUGCGUACUUCGUCUACGACGGCUACGUGAGCAAGGUGCUCAUGAAGGAGCUCACCGCCUUGAAGCCGGGAGAGUUGGAUGAAUGGAAGGCGGUGUGGGAGGAGGUCAAAAUCCUGCCGACCGGGAUGUGGACGGUGAUGUGGGCCAGAGGCUUGUGCCAUCCGAGAGCAAGGUUCGACGACAUACUCGGCAGGUUCCGUGGGUACGCAGGUUCGGGUGAUGCGCUUCAUGGCGUGCUCUGGCCGGCGAUGUGGUUCCCCAUCAUCGAGGACACGGAGGAAGGCAGGGCGGAGACAAAUGCCAACAUGUCGGCGAUGGUGAAUCGCGUGUCGAUGUGCGCGGCGUAUGGAAAGGUCGCGGCGAGAGUCGCGUAUGGGAAGGUCGACGGGAGCGCGGAGGCGACCGCGGGAGAGACGACGGAUAUGGAAGGCGCGGACAGGAAGGCGGACGAGAAGGUGCAGAUGGGGGCCCAGGCGUUAGCGGCCUCUGCAUGCGCCCUCUGGUGCUACAUGUCGACGCCGGCGUCGGUGCUCGGUGCUGUGGGCGAAGGUAAGGCGGCCGCGAUUCUGGCAGGUGCGGGGAAGGAGAGGGGCGAGCACUUCGCGAUGGUCAUGCACGUGGUUAUCGAACACGCACGCACUCGGCAGGCUCCCGCGGGGGAGGUUGCACAUAACGUCGCGCCAGAGCUGCAGCGCUAUGGAGUGGCCAGGGCCUUCGAGGCGGGCAUUGAGGAAGACGAGGCCGACAUGAUCGCAAGAGCGACGGUCGAGACCUUGGCGUUCUGGGGAAUGUGCCCCCUCGACGGGCCCAAGCUCAAAGCGGAGGGCAUCGAUGUGCCGUGUGACGCGAAGAUGGAGUACGACUUGGAUCACAGGGGGAGGAAGGGGGAGAAGGUCAAGCAGGCCAAGGGCAGCAAGAGGAAGAGGUAG